UCCCUGUGCUGUUAAUUUUUUAUGAGCAAGAGUCCUUCUACAAUAUAAAAUAUCAAAAGAAAAAUAGCCUCAAAGUAAGGAUUCCAUUUAUUUAUCCAAAACCCAACCGAUGUAACCUAUUCUAGAAGACCAAAAGUAAAUGUGGGUCGCUAACUCCAAGAAGCUCACAGACAAAUUAAAUAACAGCGCUGGUGGAAACAAAUACAGCGCUGCCAGUGCAAGGGAACGCUGGGGGAAGCUGAGGAAGGUUUCACAGAAAGGUAGGGCUUUGGAGGAAAAUGUACAAAGGUUACAAAGAAACGUUGUGAGCGCAAAUGAAGCUGGCUCUUUAAGACACCUGUUUAUGGGGAGGCCUGGUUACAGGUUAACCCUAGCUGUUUUGGCUUCCGAAGCCACCAGUCAGAAUGACAUCACUGUUACCAGGUUACUCGGAUGGAGGGCAUUUGCUGGCCAUGUAAUGAGGAAAAGGAAGUCCCGGGAAACGCGCCCCUCCUUGCCCAGGAGGGGAAAGCCAUGCAGCGCCCAGAGGCCGGGAAGCCUAUCAUCAAAUUCAACCACUGCCAGAAGUACAUCUACAGCUUCAGCGUGCCGCCAUGCUGCCCCCUCUGCCGGCAGGACAUGGGCUCCAGGAAGCUGGAGGAAGCGCCUGUCAGCAUCCCUAAUCCGUUUACCAAUGGGCAUCACGAAGAGUGUUCAUUCCUCCUCAGACCAACUCAAGGGACGUUUCUUAGGGAGUAUGACGGAAGGUCUGAUCUUCACGUGGGGAUAACCAACACAAAAGGAGUCGUGUAUAAUUACACGGUGCACGGUGUCCAGCGAGACGAAGCGGGCUGGGAGCAGAGUGUGAGCGUCCCGCUCCUGCAGCCCGGCAUGUUCGGACUGAUGGACCAGUGGGACCAGUACCUGGAAGACUUCUCCACCACGGGGGCCUGGCUGCCUCACAGGUACGAAGAAGACCACCACAACUGCUACAGCUACGCCCUCAGGUUCAUUAACUGCGUCCUGGCCACAGAGGGCGAGGAGCGGCUGGACCGGGACGAGUUCACGGAGAAGUUCGUGAUCCCGAGGACGAGGAAGGCUUCCAAGUACAUCACGCUCUACCGCAUGAUAGAAGAGCACGGCUUCUACGUCAUCGACCCCCCUGGUCCCCAGACAGGCCCAGGUCCGGGAAGCGGCUCGUGCUGAGCGCGCAUCGCGCCUGAGAGCAGACAGGAAGGGAUGUCUGGGGGUUCCUGCCUGGAACAGCUACUGGGCCUCUACGUAUCUUAAACUGUGGUUAAUAAAAAAGAGUUAUGGCUUCCCUUUA